CUGGUGGUUGCCAAGGCACUGCUGGAGGUGGGCUCUCAUUUCUCCCUGUGGAGCUCUAGGAUGUGGAUGUGAGAAGGUGAGCAAGAAAGUCAGAUGGCGACAAGGAACAGUCCCAGCCUCAUGCCCCUGGGCACGGCUCAGGGUGACCCUGGAGAGGCAGGAACACUGCCAGGCCCUGAUGCUGGCAUCCGGGACACAGGUUCAGCCACUCAGCAGAAGAUGAAGCCUAAGAAGGUGCGCAAGGUCAAGGCACUCAUCAUUGACCUGGGCUCCCAGUACUGCAAGUGCGGCUACGCGGGGGAGCCCAGGCCCACCUACUUCAUCUCCUCCACUGUGGGCAAGCGCUGCCCCGAGGCAGCGGACUCUGGCGACACCAGCAAGCAGACCUAUGUGGGCCAUGAGCUGCUCAGCAUGGAGACGCCCCUCAAGCUGGUUAACCCACUGAAGCACGGCAUCGUGGUGGACUGGGACUGCGUCCAGAACAUCUGGGAGUACAUCUUCCACACGGCCAUGAAGAUCCUCCCUGAGGAGCACGCCGUGCUGGUCUCCGACCCUCCGCUCAGCCCCAGUAGCAACCGGGAGAAGUACGCUGAGCUCAUGUUCGAGACCUUUGGCAUCCCUGCCAUGCACGUGACGUCCCAGUCGCUGCUGUCCAUCUACUCCUACGGCAAGACCUCGGGGCUGGUGGUGGAGAGUGGGCAUGGCGUCUCGCACGUGGUGCCCAUCUCGGAAGGCGAUGUGCUGCCGGGGCUGACAAGCCGCGCUGACUACGCAGGGGGUGACCUCACCAACUACCUGAUGCAGCUGCUCAACCAGGCUGGCCACAAGUUCACAGAUGACCACCUGCACAUCAUAGAGCACAUCAAGAAGAAGUGCGGCUACGCGGCCCUGCUGCCUGAGGAGGAGCUACGUUUGUCCCUGGAGGAGCUGCGCGUGGACUACGAGCUCCCUGAUGGUAAGCACAUCACCAUUGGCCAGGAGCGCUUCCGCUGCUCCGAGAUGCUCUUCAAGCCCUCCCUGGUGGGCAGCAGCCAGCCGGGCCUGCCAGAGCUCACAGCCGCCUGCCUGGGCCGUUGCGAGGAGGCGGGCUUCAAGGAGGAGAUGGCCACCAAUGUGCUGCUGUGCGGCGGCUGCACCAUGCUGGAUGGCUUCCCUGAGCGCUUCCAGAGGGAGCUUAGCCUGCUCUGCCCUGGGGAUAGCCCCGUGGUGGCCGCUGCUCCUGAGAGGAAGACCUCGGUGUGGACUGGCGGCUCCAUUCUGGCCUCCCUCCAGGCCUUCCAGCAGCUCUGGGUCAGCAAGGAGGAGUUUGAGGAGCGGGGCAGUGCGGCCAUCUACAGCAAGUGCUGAGCGGUGGC